AUGGAAGGGGGGUGGCCCACUAGGUGGCAAUUCCUCCUCUGCUUCAUUGUCAGUCUUCUGUUUCAAGGAAGGGCAAACUCCUUCACCAUCAAUUGCUCAGGUUUUGACCUGCAUGGAGUGGACCCUGAUGUCUUUCAAACUAUCUUUGACCAGAAGGACUUCCGUCCAGUCAUCAACUACAGCAUUCCUACUCAUGUCAACAUCUCCUUCACCCUGUAUGCCAUCCUGGAUGUGGAUGCACAGCUUCAGCUACUGACAUCAUUUCUAUGGCUAAAGAUGACUUGGAAAAACCCGUUUAUCAGCUGGGACCCAGAAGAGUGUGGUGAUAUCACUAAGAUCACUGUGACAACUGAGAAUCUGUGGCUCCCAGAUAUCUUCAUCGUGGAAUCCACGGAUGUGGAUCAGAUCCCAGAAGGCCUCUCGGCAUAUGUGAAUCACAACGGUCAUAUUGUAUAUCACAAACCAGUGCGGGUGACCACCAUCUGUAGCCUAGACAUCUUCUACUUCCCCUUUGAUGAACAGAACUGCACAUUCACCUUUAGCUCAUUCCUCUACACAGUGGAAAACUUGCUGCUGGGCAUGGACAAGGAAGUAUGGGAGAUAACAGACACCUCGCGCAAAAUUGUCAACACACAAGGAGAGUGGGAGCUCCUGGGCAUCAACAAGGCCACCCCGAAGAUGUCUGUGGGCUCCAGUCUCUUUGACCAGAUCAUGUUCUAUGUGGCCAUCAGGCGCAGGCCCAGCCUCUAUGUCCUAAACCUCCUGGUGCCCAGCAGCUUUCUGAUUGCCAUCGAUGCCCUCAGCUUCUACCUCCCGGCAGAAAAUGAGAAUCGUGCCCCAUUCAAGAUAACCCUUCUGCUGGGCUACAACGUCUUCCUGCUCAUGAUGAAUAAACUCCUCCCUGCCAGUGGCUCCCCACUAAUCAGUGUCUACUUUGCCCUAUGUCUGUCCCUGAUGGUUGUCAGCCUGCUGGAGACCAUCUUCAUCACCUACCUGCUGCACCUGGCCACCACCCAGCCCCCACCCAUGCCUCGCUGGCUCCACUCUCUGCUCCUCUACUGCGCCAGCCCACUGAAGUGCUGCCCCACUUGGCACUGGAAGGCGAAUAUGGAUAUGGGCCUCAUUUCUACUCACUUACCAGGCCUGAAGGAGCCAGGGGAGCCAGGGAAGGAGUUGGGACCCAGAGAGGCAAAACUGAAUGUGGGUUCAGGAUUUACAAGGGCCCAGCUAACUGACCUGUGGGUGCAAUUCGGCCAUAUGAUGGACACUUUCCUCUUCCGCCUCUACCUGCUCUUCUUGUCCUCUUCCAUCAUCACCAUCAUCGUCCUCUGGAGCACCUAG